AUGACUGAAAUGGCAAAGGCCGAUGUCGCUCACCUCGAGUGGGAGGAGCCUGCCUUCUUGCAAUUGGACAAGGAAUUAUCCUUGUUUGAAACUAUUAAAGUACACAGAAGAGCUUUGUUACUCUGUGGUAUUUCCUUCACUGCCGCCACCAUCUUCGGCUACGACACAAUCGUCAAUGGCGCUGGAAUAUCGAUGCCCGCCUUUAUCCUAUACUUCGGCGAGAAAGAUGCAUCUGGGCCAUGGUCGGGCUGCUUUGCUGGUGUUAUUACUCUGGUGGGUGCAACCGUGCAAUUUACGGCAGUUACCCGCAGCUCCCUUCUAGGAGGAAAGAUCGUGUCUGGACUAGGGAUCGGUAUGGCCAUGUCAAUCGGAACGACGUAUGCUUCUGAAGUGGUUCCUGCUAGACUGGUCCCUCCAGUUCAACAGGCAUUGGUCAUUUUUAUUCUCAUCAUGCAGGCUUUGGCUAUGGGUGUGAUCCGUAUAUUUGUUCCCAAUGUGGCUCCACACGCGUUUCGAACGGUUUUUGCUAUCCAAUGGGGGGUUGGCGGCCUGUGUACUAUCGCCUUCGCGUUGGCUCCUGAAUCCCCAGUCUACAAUAUCCUAAACAAUCGCGGUGACAAAGCGAAGAAGCUUUUCCGAUGGAUGUACGGGGACAACGCCGAAGCGGACGAGCGCUACAACUAUCUAGUCCAGAUUAUCGAGGAAGAAAACUCCCAACGCAGUGCCAACAAGGCAAGCUUCAUUGAAUGCUUCCAAGGCAUCAACCUCAAGAGGACAUUCUCAAUAAUGUUCCUCUUCGCCAUUGUGAAUCUUGCCGGUGCCCCCUUCCUUUCGCAAUCCAUUUACUUCCUGAUUUCCGUGGGCCUGCCCGCCAUUCACGUGUUCGAUAUUUCCGUCGGUGGUUUUGGUCUGGCGAUCAUUAUUAUCAUCGUCAGUGGAAUAUCGUUGAAGAAUGUUGCACGCAGAACUGUCCUCUUCUGGGGUACUAUGGUCAACUUCCUUUUCAUGGUCGUGAUUGGAGGUCUCUACUAUGCUCCCGGGGAUGGCCCGAAAUGGGCCAUUGCAAUUCUGAUGAAUCUUUUGAUCUCUCUGCAGGCCGCCUUCAUGCAAGCGACCGGAUGGUCCAUUGGAGCCGAGAUCUCCAGCUACCGACUGCGCGCAAAGUCGAUGUCUCUUGGCAUAAUGGCCCAGACGCUUUCAACGUGGCUCAUUACCUUCGUUGUGCCAUAUAUGUAUAACGUUGACUCUGGCAACUUGGGCGCUAAGACAGGGUUUGUUUUCGCUGGUAUGACAGUGCCACUUCUCAUCGGGGUCUUUUAUCUUACGCCCGAAACAACAGGCUUGACAACCGAGGACAUUGAUAAAUUCUAUGAAGCAAAGGUACCACCGCAUCGGUUCGCUAAGCACAAAGCGGAAAUACAGGCGGAAUAG